CUCCAUACCACAGAUACGCCAGGUGGAGGAGCAUCCUCUACCCUCUUGCAUCAGCACUGUCACCGGUCAGAGAUCUGUGCUCUUCGGGGAUGCUGUAAUAGCCACCUGGGAUACCUGCAUUGGCUACGAGAUAUGUGAAGAACUUUGGAACCCCGAGAGCCCCCACGUGCCCAUGUCCCUGGAUGGUGUGGAGAUCAUCUGCAACGGGUCUGGAUCAACGCAGAUAAUGGGGAAUGCGAAUGAUGCUUAUAAGAGAAUCCAGAACGCCACAGCCAGGACCGGUGGCUGUUAUCUCUUUGCUAAUCAGCGGGGCUGCGAUGGUAGCCCAAGCUAUUUUGGGGGAGACUGUUGUAUUGGCUUGAACGGAGACUUGGUGGGUCUCGCGAUGGACUACAGCCUAGCACAAGUACAGGUUAUAACGGCUGCCGUCAACCUAGAGACUAUCCGCUGCUACAGGCAUCUCAUCCGCAGCAGGUGUGAGCAUGCAGCCACCAGCACCUCCUACCCCAGAGUCCAGGUGCUGAGUGAGGUGCGUACAGUGGUAGAAGACAGUGACUACAUGCCUACUGACCCUCCAGAACUGUGUGGUCGCCUGCUGCAUACACUCUACCUACCCACAUAUGACUCCUCGCCGCAUGCUGCACAUUGUGCCAGCCAGUUAGCCAUGGCAAUUGGCAGCAAGCACCUGACUGUUGCACUAGAUGGUGGUGUAGCAGCUGUGAUGGAGAGCUUCACUGCAGCCAGUGGUUCUUGGACUAGCAGUCAGGAACAUAGUGGCAUCAAACAAGAGCAAGAAACACUUAACCACCUCCAUUCUCGCCUCCGUAUGACCAUGCUUUACCUUUUUGCUCAGCUGAGGCUGAGGACACUGGGCCGGGCAGGAGAGCUGCUGGUGCUGACCUCCAACAAUACAGACAACAUCCUGGCAGGGUCCUGGGCCAAAUAUGGUGACACCUCAGCUGAUGUUAACCUUAUAGGAUGCUUUACUGAAAAAGAAAUUGAAAAGGCUCUUCUGUUUUGGGCAAAGAGCAAGCUAGACCUUCCAAUUCUGAAUGACAUCAUACUCUCCAAAGUGAGUAAGAGCAGCGACAGAAUGUUGACAUGCGAGGAGUUGGCUGUGAUGAGAAAACUACAAACAAUGGAGUACUGUGGCCCUUACUCAAUGUUUGGCAGGCUCAUGUAUCUCUGGAGGGAUACAUAUUCCCCUCAAGAGGUGGGGGAAAAAGUAAAGGCAUUCUUCCGAUGGUACAACCACCAGCGACUCAAGAUGGCAUUGACAACACACUACUAUGUGAUAGGAAAUGGCCCUCCAGAUAUAGAUCGUCCUAUAUUCUAUUCUCGCACCUGGUCCUGGCAGUUUACAACUAUUGACAGGAUGGUGGCUGAACAUGGAGAGAAUGAGAAGCAAAGCAAAGCCUGAUCACUCCCACCACACUGCUGUUUGAUUUGCUUCCUGCAUUGAUACUUUCUACAAAAACCAUCAAACAAGUUUUUAUUGAUAUACGUACUGUAUUCGGAAGGAAGUGCUAAAAAUAAGGGGAUCAUACAAUGCCCAGGGAACGAAACGAAAUCAGGUUCAAUAUAAGGACGGAGAAGAUAAGUCCUGUUCCUUGGAUUGAGAGCCCUGGAUAAGUCCUACUCCUUGGAUCAAGAGCCCCUCACCAGCAUCCAAGAGCCUCCCUUUAGAAACCAUCACCCAAAUACCAUGGUCAGAAAAAAACAUAUUUUUUUAUUCAAUGUAUCCUGGUUUUUGAGCAGCCAAAUUAAAUAAAAAUAUACAAAGUUUAUUAUAUUUGUGGGGGUACAGGGUCUGGGGAAUAGGAGGUAUUGUAAUUAGAUUUGAUCCAAGGCAGUGGUGUCAUAAGGGGGGGCAGGGGGAAGAUGCCCCAGGUGACACCAUUUAGAGGGUGACACUACAGAGCCCAAAACAGUGCUGCACCAACAUAAGAGAAGAAUCCUUCAUUUCUGUAUAGCCUAUUAUAUGAUUACAGAGUACAAAUAGGUCAGUAUAGGGAAAAUCAUUGAUUUUGAUGAUGUGAUAGAUGAUUUUGCAGGAUUGAAGGCAAGGAAAUGUACGAUCAGAUUCACUGAGAUGUGUUUCUCUGAUAUUGCAAUGUUUUUCUUUAUUUUUCAAGUUUUUUUUGGGGGCAUUGUUGAAGAUGAAUAAAUGUAGGAUCUGUUGCCUGUACUCAGAGUGGUAUUUGAGUUUGUUUCCUCAAUAUUACUACGAUUAUUUAUUUUAUCAUUAAUUAAGUUGAGAAGUAUUCUCCUGUUCAGUUGACCUUUAAAUGUUCUAGUUGCUAAACAUUAGUUACUGGGCAUGCAGUACUGACGUAACUGGAGUUUACUCCCCCCCAUCCCCCUGCCUUUGGAUUUCAUAGGGGUGACACCAAAGAUGCCGUCCUGGGUGACACCAACCCUAGCGAUGCCUCUGAUCCAAGGGCAGAAUAAGUUUCAGUUCCUUGGCUCAAGAGGAUACCCUUCAUGUUUAAGUCAAACUGAUUUUACAAACAGAACAGUGAAUGAUAAUUUAUGUUUACUGAUGAUCAGUCGACAAAGAUGUAACAAAUUAUCCUAAUAGCUUUCAAUAACACUUUAGUUAUAAUUAUAAUAAUAGCAUUCAACACUAAAAUCUCCUUGUAGGUUUAGAGCUUCUUUUAUAUUAUAAUUAUAAUAAAAAAUCUGUAACUUUGGGAAUGGUAUACUACAAAUGACAGAUUCUUAUAUUGUCAUCACAGCAUCCUGUACUUUGCAGAGCAUAUGGUAUAUAGUAUUACCUUAUAUUUUGUACAUUGUGAAAUCCCUGGAUAACAAUUCAUUCUGAUUCUAGCAUACUGUGGUAAUACGAUAUACGUACAGUGGAACCCCGGAUUUCAUACUUAAUCCGUUCCAGAAGGUUGGUCUAAAUCCAAAACGUAUGAAAACUGAAGUAAUAUUUCCCAUAAGAAAUAAUGUAAAUACAAUUAAUCUGUUCCAGACACCCAAAAAUAUUAAAAAAAAAAAAAUACAUUUUUUAAAGAAUAACUACAGUUUUACAUACAGAAAAAAUGAGAAAUAAAUAUAAAGCACUAAUGAAAUGGAUAAAUAAACAUUUAAAUCACCAAUAAUGGUACAUAAUAAAGUCUGUUUUUUUGUUGAUCCACACCAGCAACAACUUCUCCACAUCUUCGAUUGUUUGUGAUCUCUGUUUCUUUAGCAUAUUUACCCCUUUUGUAACUUUAGCUUCCUUGAUUUCUACUUUCUUUGUCAGGCUGGAACAGAUUAUUGAUUUCGACUUCCCAUACAUCCUGGCAAGCUUGACUAACAUACGCCACCUUCAUAUUUUUAUACAAUCUCUUUCUUGAAUUCUAUCAUGUGUCUCACCUUCUAUACCAAAGGACUGGCACUAGGAACUUUCUUUGGGCCCAUGGUGGCUUAUUUUGCAGUUGCACUCAAUAGUUAAGUGAAGUAAUGCUCACUUGACCAGUGACAGAGCCAGACUGAGACACUAUGCAUGAGCGGCAGCAUCCCGGGCGGGCGGACACAUCUGAGAUGGAGGUAUGAAAUCUGGACAAAAAUUUCGCCCAAAAAAGUGGUCUAAAUCCGAAACAUAUGAUAUUCAGUGUGUUCGAAAUCUGGAGUUCCACUGUAAUCCAUAAAAGGAAAUAUUUUUAUGAAAAAAAUUAUAUAUUUUACUUGUAUUCUGCAAGAUUCAUUACAUAAGACCUGUUUCUGUGACUAAAUUGAUAGUGAUAAAUUACAAAAUGUUUAAUGUAUGACCCACAAGGCACACCACACAUGGUUUGUGAAAUUUCAGGAUUCAAAAUAAAGUAGACAGGAUUAGAGUAAGACUCGAACUGUGCAAAUUCUUGUAUCAAAACUACGUAAACAUAUGAAUACUUCAGUAGAUUAUCAUUAUAGGGGAACACUAAACCUGUAAGGGUCACACAGUGCCUGGGAAAUUAGAGGCAAUCAGAUUUAAGAGGAGGAUAGCACAAAUUCCUUGAAUCAAGAGUCCUUCACUGGCAUUAAGGUACCCUUUCAGAACAGCCACUAUUUUUUUCUUUUUUUUGUUACUGGUCAUUACUCUAUGUACAGUGGAAAGGAUAAAGGUAAGCCUGCAUAAAAUAACUACAGUAUACCUUACAGUAUUAAAUAUAUCAAGAUGUUCAGAUUAGAGGUGUAUACUAAAUGAAUGUCAACAAUGGAUAAAGAUACUAAUGUACAUUUCAGUAUGUUAUUAAAACAAACAUUUGGUCACAAAUGGUACAGUGGACCCCCGGUUAUCGGCCGGUUUGGUUAUCAGCCAACUCGGUUAUUGGCGCUUGGUUAUCGGCCGUUUUGGACGCGUCCAUCCGCCGGCUGGGGCAGGGAAAUCUUAGAGACGCCAGAAACAGAGCACUCUGGACAGCUAUUUUGUGAGACGGGUCCAGUGGCUCUCAAGCUGGUCCUAGUGGCAUUAAAAGACAGAGAAGGGAAGUAACCUCAGAGAAGGCAUUACUACCUAAAGUCUUCAUGGAGGGGGAUUCCCCUUCCAAACACUUACUCCUCCCUCUUUCCUCCUCUUUAUCUUCCAGAAGCCAGCAUUAGCCUUCAAUAAAGGUAUGUAAUACUUACAUUAUUGUAAAAAAAAAUUUUUUUUUUUUUUGUAAAUAUUUUUGUUUGGAACGAAUUAAUUAUAUUUCCAUUACAGUGGAACCUCAAAUAUCGAACUUAAUCCGUUCCAGGAGUUCUAAAUUCAAAAAGUCUGAAAAGCGAAGCAAUAUUUCUGAAAAGAAAUAAUGGAAAUAAAAUUAAUCCGUUCCAGAAACCCAAAAAUAUUCACAAAAAAAUACAUUUUAUAGAGAUUAAUUAUAGUUUUGCAUACACACAACAAAUAUAGUGUUCAAUUAUGUAUUAAUAAAUUUAAAUAAACAUAUAAAAUAACAUUUUACUUACCUUUAUUGAAGAUUGGUGAUGGCAUCUGGAAGAUAGGGGGGAGGAGGAGAGAGGGAG